CAUCUGCUCCGGCGUUCAGUUAUCGAAAACGCAAUUUUAAAGCUCCCAGUGAACUAAACAAACUAAAAAGGCAGCCGAGAAAAAAAUUCAAAUGAUGUAAGAGCCCAAGAGAAGGCGCAAAUCCAUAGAGUACUCCAAUAUUGUAUUACAGCACAUUUCAACUAUUGGGCAAAAAUCGCAAACUGCCCUCGGAAAUGGACACUCUACAACGGCUUUUGUAUGUGAAAGAUUUGAGUCUGGAGAUUGGUCAUCAUGAGAUCUUCGAGCAUUUCUGCAUCUUUGGCCAUCUGAAACGUGUCACAGUGCGUCAGCGCACCGAACACUACAAAUAUGCCACAAUACUCUAUACAUCGGAUACAUCCAUUGAGUUGGCACUCAGCGCCAAUCCACACAAUUUGCGUGGCAAACACUAUUUUUGCCACAAGGCAGGCACGAGUCGAAAAUGGCCCACGAAUUGUUGCCCGAAUAGGCUCACCAAUGGCAUUAGUCUCCAUCAAUAUGUAUACCAUUCGUCAGUCAUAGCAAUGCCAGAAAACUUUAGAGUCGACCAAAGAAAUGAGCCCCGGGCCAAGCGUUUCUCCUUGUUGCCAGAAGCAUCGAUGGUCCUGUUGCAUCAUCUGCGUGAGGAGCAGAAGCCGCCUGAAUCUGCUCCAGCUAGCAGGCUGAGUCCGAAUAUUAAUUACAAAAGACUCAUGUCUAGCAUGGGCGAGAGCUUCAACUUUGUGAGGCAUAGUUACACAAAUUUUGUGGCGCACAAAAGGAGACCAGGCCUCUACGACAAACUACCCAUCGAUGCUAAAAUCAGUUUGACGGCCAUCGCCUAUGCAGAUGUCAGAGAUAGACGAGAUUUGAUAUCGUUUCACUAUGCCACCGACUAGAAAAAAAACUAAAAACACAAAUCGCUACUUUUAAUGCAAACGAUGUGAGAGAUGUGGCAUUGAGAUAAGCAUCCCAGUAACUUCAUCUAUGCAUAAAUCAGAAUCAUCAUAUAAUAGUAGAAAAUAAACCAGCAGCUUCAUAUAUACAGAAAUCAUUUCCGAAUAUGGUUAGCAACCUUAUAGAAUAAAUGAAAAUA